GCUCGAAUUCUAAGAGAUCUAGCGGGCCAGUGCUCCGGUCGCUUUCUCCCCAAGGCCGAUUCCCGUCGUACAACUCCGUCAGUCAUCUCUCAUCUUCCUCGUCCUCAUCGGCGUUCGCGUCUUCCACGAGCUCGAGCUUUUACUCUCCGCCGUCGGCCAUCUUCCGCACCACAGCUCCACCACACAGAUCCGCCUCUUCGACGCGCGUCAAUCUAUAUUCCCAGAGUCCUUCAUCGCCGAAGUUCCGAUUCUCGAUCGAGCAGAUCCACAUCUCCCAAUCGCAACAUAUAUGUCGCGACGAAGCACACCAAUAACAUCUCCAGCCUCCCCGCGAGGAAGACGUGUAUGUGCUCUCCGACCUCGUAUCCCGGAUCGUUCCGUUGCAGUAUCCACAAGAACAGCCACCAUAACGCCCACACCGGAGGGAACUCGUUCAUGCCGAACAGGCUGAACAUGAGGAGAUACACGAUGACGAAUUCGCUGGUGAGGAUCGGCGGGGUGGAAGGAGACUGGGUGAAGAGAGCGCUAUCGGCUUUGAUUCGACCGUCGUCGCGGAAAGGGUUCAGACUCAGAUUCCACACCUUUGUAAGGCUCGUGGAGUUUGAGGGUAGUAAUACACGGCAAACAACCCUAUUCUGUUGA